CCUAUUUACAACAUGGUUUACAUACACUUAAGGUGCACACACUUAGUAUACCGACGGUCGUUAAGCCACCGUCGAAUUUCGUAGAGAAUCUACUAAAGCGGAUCAUUGUUAAUGUUCCCAAACGCGGUCUUGACUCUAUUAUCAUCCUCGCGAAUUGCCGUAGACACUUGGUGACGGUAAACAUGGCUGACGAUAGGAACAUUGAAAGUGAAGAUGAAAACAUUUUGUACGAUUUACUUGUAAAUAGUGAAUGGCCACCCGAGACGGACACUCAGUUGCGAGGAAACAAGGAGCACAACACUUCUGUUAUUGCAAAAGCAGUGUCAGGGCCAUUCCGCUUAAUCUUACACUAUUUGUGGUACAGCCCCUCCAGCUCCUCUCUGCCUCCUGGUUUGAUCCGCCUGGCGAACAAGCAGAUCAGCUGGCAGCUGGUGCUAGCAAGUAAUGGCAAACUGUUGGCAGUGGUUCAGGACCAGUGUGUGGAGAUUCGGUCUGUGCGAGAUGACUUUGGCUCAGUCAUUGGGAAGUGCCAGGUGCCGAAGGACCCCAGCCCCCAGUGGCGCAGGGUAGCGUGGAGCCAUGACUGCACCCUGCUGGCCUAUGCCGACAGCACUGGCACCAUCCGUCUCUUUGAUCUCAUGGGCAGUGAGCUCUUCAUCAUCCCCCCGGUGGUGUGUUUUCCGGGGGAUUUCAGCUUUGCGGUGGCAGGCCUGAUCUUCCUGGAGUGCACAGCAAGCGCUCAGUGGUCAGCUGAACUGCUUGUCAUCACUUAUGGGGGAGGGCUCAAGAGCUACCUCGUCAGUGUGGGAACCAAUCAGAGCUUCCAGGAGAACCACAGCUUCAGUUUCUCCACCCACUACUCUCAUGGCAUCACCUCAGCUAUAUAUCAACCCAGCCACCGGUUGCUAUUCGUGGGGGGCUGCGAGUCAGGGGAUAACUGUAUGUCCAAGGCCUCUUGCUGUGGGAUCACAGCCUGGAGGGCUCUGUCUGGCUCACCUCACUACAAGCAAGUCACCAGUUAUGAGGACGACAUCAACACAACUCAGAAGAGAGGUUUCUUCAGGAUCCCUAGCUUCAGGAUCUUUUCCAGACAAGGAGAUGAACAGGAUGGUGUCUUCCAUAUGAGUCUGAGUCCUGAUGGCACCCUGCUGGCUGUCAUCCACUUCUCUGGUCGCCUGUCUCUCUGGGAUGUCCCCUCCCUUAAACAGAGGGCCACCUGGAGCCAAGAACAACAGCCAGGAUUUGAGGAGAUCAACCCGGAGUGGAAAAGUUCACUGGAGAGAAGGAAGAAAAUAAAAGACAAGGAGCAGUACUACCCUUUGAUGGAUGUGAGCUGGUGGAGCGACGGUGUGCUGAUCCUGGCCCGCUGCUCUGGCUCUCUCACCGUCUCCUCUGUCAGGACACUCCGAAACCUCCUGGGCAAAUCCUGCGAGUGGUUUGAACCCUCACCACGUGUCACCGCCGCACACAAUGGAGGGUUCCUCAGCCUGGAAUGUGAGGUCAGACUGGCCCAGAAGCGUGGGCGACUUGAGAGCAGCCUGGCCAGUGAGGAUGAGGAGGGUGGCGGUGGUGACUCAGACUCGGAUGAGGAGUCCUCAGCCAAGGCCCGCUACUUUGGCUACAUCAAGCAGGGCCUGUACUACGUGACAGAGAUGGAACGCUUUGCCCCGCCACGCAAGCGUCCACGCACGGUCAUGAAGACCUACCGUCUGGUCAGCCUAAGGUCAACAACACCUGAGGAGCUGUACCAGAGGAAGAUUGACAACGAGGAAUACGGCGAGGCCCUAUCUCUGGCCCACGCUUAUAAUCUGGAUUCUGACCUUGUCUACCAGAGACAGUGGAGGAAGAGCACUGUCAGCGUCGCCUCUAUUCAAGACUAUUUAAGCAAAAUCCGCAAGCGUUCAUGGUGCUGCAUGAGGGUGGAGCGUGUCCGGGAGAAUGUUGAUUGCAGCCAAGGAGCUACUGCAUAUGGCCUCAAGGGAACCGACUGGAUGCCCUCAUUGCUAUAGGCAAUGGAGAGACGGGGCAGGUUUAUCAUGCCAGGUGACAUCGACCUUGACGACCUUCCCUAUGAGGAUUUCUUGUCAGACCAGGAGGAGCUGGAGAGGAAGAGGAGUCAGGAGAACAGCAAGAGACGAGAGCUGCUGGCCAAGGUCGACUUCAGAAGGCUGACACUGGAACAGCAGGAACUGUGCCGGAGCCGACUGAAGCUACUAUCUUACCUGGACCGACUGGCCACAUAUGAGGAGAUAGUUGGAGGUCCUCAUGUGGCGGAGCAGAGAUAUGAUGCUGAGUUCUUCAAAAAGUUCCGCAGUCAAAACAUCAUCCUGUCUGCAAGAACAUAUGCAAGGGAGAGCAACGUGCAGGCCCUGGACAUUCUUUUCACUUACCAUGGAACUGAACUGCUUCAACAUUGGCUGGCUAUCCUCUACAACCUCCCAGAAACCACCUCUCCACAUGAGUACACCACCCUGCUGCCUGAGGCUUGUCUGGAUGAAAAUGGUGAGCUGGUGUUGAUUCCAUGGGAUGAGCAGAGACACAGAGAGAUGGACUGGUGUGAAGUGGAGGAGUGCAGAGCUGCGUUGGACCAGAACCUAUGUGAUGAUGACAGCUUCCUUUAUGAAGAGGCUCCAAAGCUGCUGAGGUUUCGUACUGCCAUCCCCUCCAUCCAGCUCGUGACCGACUGGUACCAGAGCAGAGCACAGGAUAUUGACUUAUGCUCCAGACAGGUGGACUGUGCCCUGUCAUUGGUUCGUCUGGGAAAGGAGCGGAAGAUCCCAGGCCUGGAGGUCUUGUGUGAUGACCUGGUUACCAUGGAAACGCUGGUUUAUGAGACAUCGUGUGAACUUAAUCUGACACUUCGAGACCUGCAGCAGCUGAGUGAUAUCUGUAAACUCCGCCUGCUCAUGAAGGAUUCUAGCACAGAGCGUUAUGUGAAGGAUGCUUUCCAGUGGAUGGUGCCCUUCCUGCACCGCUGUGAGAGACAGACGGGGGGCGCUGCCAAGGCUCUGCUCAGAGACUACCUGGUCAGCCUGGCCCAGCAAGACCUCAUCCUGCCCCUCAUCAUCUUCCAGCAUUCCAAACCUCAUUGCCAGCAGAAGAUCAUUGGGGACCCGGACGAGCUGAUGUCAGUUGCUUUGGAGUGCAUCUACAGCUGUAAGAGAGAUGAUCAGCUCAGCCUGUGUUUCGACAUCCUGGAGUGUCUGCCGCAGAGGGGCUAUGGGCCAGAGACAGACUUGACCUUGUCACUUCAUGACCAUGUGGAUAAACUUGAGAAGCACCUCAGUGUGGUGGAGGUACUAGAGAAGCAUGGUCUGCAGAAGCCCGUUUCCUAUGUGAAGUGCAGUCAGAACAGCGAAGAGGAAGCUCAUCAGCUUAUGGUGAAACUGUGUCGCCAUACUGGGCGCAAAAACCCUCCAGUGAAUGAGAUGGUCUGGAGAGGUCUACUUCAGGACCUGCUGGAUAUGCAGAAGAAUGUGUACACCUGUCUAAAUCCAGAGACGUGUCAUCAGGUCUUUGUUGAGUCCCUGCUGUGCUCCAGCAGUGUGGAGAACGUCCGCCUGGCAGGGCAGCUCAUGCACUGCUCAAAAGUCAGCCAGGACGUGCCUGUCAGCUUGUCUUUCCGGGGUAAAAGUCACACUUUGAGGGUGGCCUACGACAACAGUGUGGAGCUGGUGUUGGCUGCUGCCAGAGAAUACUUCAACUCCUCCACAACACUGACAGACCCCUGCAUGGGCCUGGCCAGGGUGUGUCUCCAGCUGAUCAUAGACUGUCCUCCAGCCAUCCAGGAGGAACUGGACCUCAUCAGUGCCCUCUGCCAGCUGGAAGAAUUAAAUGUCAGCAUCUUGCCACUGCAAGUGCGUCUGCGGUCAGAUCGUCUAUCUCUCAUAAAAGAAUGCAUCGCCCAGUGCUCCACAGCCUUUAAGCAGUCCACUACACUUCUGAAUCUGGCCUACCUUCUCCGAGUGGCAGGAGAUGAUGAGGCCAUGCGGAAGGGCCAAGUGUUGACCCUGCUGGCAGAGCAAGCCCUCCAGUUUCUGGACUUCAAGGCCUCCUACAUACAUUGUCAGGACCUGAUGGCUGCAGUUUACAGUCCAGCUUGGGAGGUGUGCAGUCUUCUUGGCCGGUGUGAGGGCUAUGGAGAUCUGGACGCCCGACAGGAGCUGUUAGCUUUCUCCCUCACUCACUGUCCCCCUGACAACAUCCAUGGCCUACUGGCUGCCUCCAGUGACCUGCAGACUCAGGUGUUGUACCAGGUGGUUAACUAUCAGAUGGAGCCUCCUACUACCCAGAGUGGACGAGAGGCUGACCAGACAGGCUCUCUCCAGACCAGCACUCCCAGUGUGGGCUCUGCUGUGGGAGCAGCUGGGGACCUGCUGCACAGAACCACAGCUAAGACCAUGGAAGUGCUGACCACUACUCGCCUGACCACCAAGGCUGUGCUGACCGCAGUCAGUGACCACCACUGGUGGAAGGAAUCACUCAACUAUCUCCGGCCCCUGCAUGGUCACAGUGCAGUCUCCAGUAGGCAGGAAGGGGCCUGUGAAAACUCCAACCUGGAGCGGCAAGGAUGCAACCCCUUUUAUCAAGAGCUCCUUGAUGAUCCCUACAUUGACCUGAGUCAAGAUGCAUAUUUGUUCUCCAAUGAAGUACCUCAGGAAAACUUUGCUGAGGUUUUGUUGCAGGCAGGCAAGCUGGCUGAGACCAAAACUGAAGGAAAAACCCUGUUUCCUGCCACAGACGUGUUGCUGCAGCUGGCCAAUGAUGCGUUUCCCAGGGACAUGACACUGGCUCUAUCAUACUUGCUGGCCAUGCCUCAGGUGUUGGAUGCCAACAAGUGUUUUGAGAAGCACAGCCACUCUGCUUUGUCCCUCCAGUUGGCUGCCUAUUACUACUCCCUGCAGAUCUACAGUCAUCUCACCCCCUGCUUCAAGGACAAGGGUCACACCCUCUACCAGGCCAACCCCAAGGAGCUGAUUCAGCUGGUGACACAGCAUGUGUUGGCAUAUACUGAUUGGCCGGAGGAGCUCAAGAAGCUGAUAGGCCAGCUGCAUGUGUACAACGAGAAGCUGACAGACUUCACGCAGGCCCAGGUAUUGCAAGGUCUGGGCCGAGGGGUGGAUGUCCAGCGCUUCAGCUCCGACUCCAGCUACAAGAAGGAAACCAUCCUCGGCCUAGCAGAGACCUUGGAUGACAGCGUGUAUAGAAUCUCUUUGUCUCUGGCUCAGCGCUACAGUGUUCCUCUGUGGGAGGUCUACAUGACUCACCUUGAGUUCCUCUUCACAGACAGCGGUCUCUCCACAAAGGACAUCGAAUCCCGGACUGAGUCACUGGGCCUGUUUGAGACUUUGAAGAGCAACCCUCAGGCCUUUUACAGUCACAUGACUAAGUAUGUUCUACCCAGCGUGGAGGGAACUGACCUUGGCCGCCUGCUCUACUACUACACUUUACUGGAUGCUGCAGGCUGCAAGCCCUAUGUCACCACCCACAUCAAACCAGACUGCCAUGUCAAACUGCUUAAGAAGCUCCGGGCUGUCGCCGAUGGCCUUGACUACUGUAAACUGACUGACGAAUCUUUGGAUCCGCUUGCUGCUCUGGAGCCAGUAUUGACCAGUAAGAACGUGCUGUCCAUUUCCAAACUAGCCAAUCAGCUGCCUGUCCCUGGCAGUGAAGGGGCCACAGUUUCCUCCAGUGCCGUCCACACAGUGUGGCUCAAGAGACUCUUCUGGACAGGAGACCCCCAGCUCUUGAAGAGACCGCCACGUAGUGAUCAGGAUUAUCUCCAUGCCUACAACACUUGUGCAAAAUACCUGGAAAGGCUGGUCCCAGGUGAUGCUGUCCACUUCCUGGAUGACAUCACAUUCUCCCCCAAAGCAGCCAAUCAUCUGAGCAUCCAGAUGAGGUUGGUGGUGAUAAAGCAAGCGACCAAAGCCCUGAGCCAGCUGGGAGAGAAGAGCCAGAAGAGAGAAGGUGAAAGUCAUGAGGAACAGAAUGGGACAAGCCCAGCAGGGAUGGAUUUUGAUCAGGCUGUGGCCCACAUGCAGCAGUCGCAGGCCCAUCUGCACACUCUAAGCCAUGCCUUCAUCCUGUCACUCAAAGACAGCCAACAGGAGCAGCUGCAGGGUUACAGUAAAGCUUAUGAUUUGUCCCGCUCCGAGAGGUCAAAAGUACACAAGCUGGCCAUCACCAUGGCAACAGACGGGCAGCCACUGGAACGAAUUGGAGAGCUGCUGCGUGUGGCUGUGGGACCCUUGGACCUCUCCGUCAAAACUGUACUGCAUGAUGCAGUGGACAGAGUAGUGUCCGCGCUGAGUGGAGACCCAGAUGCUCUGACAAAUUACCCAGAACCCCUUAGGGUCCUGGAGGCAAUGGUGACUGCUGUGCACAACAAUGUGCAGACUGGUGACAACAUGGUAACAUCAGACGACCUGCUGGUGUGGUUGCGUCCGUUCUGCAGUGAUGUGGCCCUGCCGGUGCGGCCUCGCAUCGAUGUCCUGCAGAUCCUGGAGAGCAAUUUCAGUCUCAGAGACAGCGAUUCUCGCCUCCUGCUCCUCUACAGAACCCAGGCUGUCCUGAAAGACAGAAAGGUCGAGAUAGAAGAUGUAGAGAAUGAGGAGAAGAGAUACACCCUCUUCCUGGAGCUGCUGGAAGCUGGCCGGAAGUGGGAGGACUUUCAGCUCCUCAUGCUCCUUCUACAGGCGUGGCCGCCCAUGAUGAAAGAGGAAGUGGCAGAGUCGGAGUGUAACCCCUGGGUGGCGCUGACCUCAGCAGUGCUGACCCACUGCAAGUGUUCAGAGGACAAAUUUGACCUAGGCCAGCAGGUCGUCACCAUGGUCCGAUCCCUAUAUAACACCAAACACAAGCUCCCUGCACAGUGCAUCAGACACAUAGCCAUGUUGCUCCAACAUCAGCCAAGCCUGCAACAGCCUGCACUCAAACUGAUGGCUGAGAGUAGAGACAAGCAAGUGCUCCAGCUCACCCUGGAUCAGAUCAACACCAUGGACGUGGCUACUGCUUCCUCCUGUGAUGCUGAGCUCCUGUCACUGCUCCUGGAUGCUGGCCUCCUGGUGGGCUGUGUCUCCUCAGCCCUCUACCCCCUGCUCAGCUCCCACCUCCUCUCCCACCAGCAAGAGGGGGGCUGGGAUGUGGAGAAAGCCGCCUCUGAACUGCUGGCAGCUGGCCAUGGGCCUGAGGCAGGCUCCCUGCUGCUGGCUCACCGUGGAACCCACCAGGCUGAGUUCACCUUCAACUCUGCUUUGGCCAUUCUCAAAAAGUGGAUCUGACAGGAAAGGGGAGUGGGAGAGACGGUGUGGGCUGGGAGGUAGUUGGAACACAGCCGCUAAAUGCUGUGACAAAGAAGCUUUGGGAAGAGGGUGGGAUGGUAUUGGAAGAAAUGAGUAGGAGGGGAGAACAAAAGCAAGAAUUCAUUACGAUUAUAUUUAGCUUUAUUGUUUGGCUUGGGUCUUUGAUUCAUCAUCGACUGUCCACAGCUGCCCAAAAGUAUAUGAAUUGACACCCUCAGCUCUCAAACAUCUGUUUGAAAAGGAAUUGGUCGAGGCACACGCACACACACACACCUAUGUACACUGGAGAAGCUCAAACAGGCUCACAAACACACACACACACACACACACACACACACACAUACAUGGACUAACUCUGUUUUAGUGACAAUGUCAGAGUCAUUUUAAAGUCAGUAAUUGCAGGAAUGUUUCUGUCUGUGCACUCUGUGCAUGUGUGUGUGUGUGUGUGUGUGUGUGUGUGUGUGUGAGAGUGAGUACACUGUGUCCCACUGUGUGAUAAAGUAAUUGAGCAGUAGCUGGGAAGCAGUAGGUGGAUAUUAGCCAAUUGUUCCGUGACAGGUUUUCCUCUUUGACGUUCCAUUGUUAAACACCCUGCCUCUCCUGCAUUGUUUCCCCCCUAAUAAUGUCUAAUUAAUUCCCUCAAAACAAAUUAGCCCUGCAGCUGACCUAUGUUUUCUGUGUGCGCAUGCGCGCGCGUGUGUGUGUGUUUGUGUGCAUAUGUAUGCACAUGGGCACAAAUAUCAGUGUUGAUGCUCUAAUGACAUUAUAUGGAACUAAUGAUGAUAAAGAAUAACUGUGCCACAUGUACGUGUGUGAAUGUGCAGGCACAAACAUAUGAACAACACCCAAGUGAUAUAAUGAGGAGCUAAUUAUGAUGAGGAAUAAGUGCACACAUGGAUGUGUAUGUGUCUAUGUGCUGCUGUGACCUUGAUGCUAUCAUCCCAUUUUUGUAAUUUCCUGGGUUUCCUCCACUUCAUAAAAUGCCGAUUCCAUUCUAGCUUACCUUCCCUGACCUGAAAUAAAGAAAAAUUCAAUGAACUGA